AUGGAUGGAGAUUCAAUAUUCAAACAAUUCCUUGCCAGAGAGGAUAAUAAGGAAUUGAGACAAUUAUGCUCUCAAAGUAUGGAAUUUUUAAACAACCCAUCCAGCCAAAACCAAUUUAACACAAAUUUAAAUAACCAAGACUUAGGAUCAAUGCAUACUGAGAGACAAAUGAACCUCAACUUAGAUUAUGGAUCGCCAAGCGCAAAUGACUUCGGUAGACCAAAACAUGUAAUGCUGGAUGAAAUCUCGGAUGCUUUGCUCGUCGACGGAACGCAGUUUAACGAAAACGUUAAUAUGCAAUGGACGCAUCUCCCUUUAUCACCAGAUCUUCUUAAAGGAAUACAUAAUAUGGGAUACGCAAGACCAUCCAAGAUACAACAAUGUGCAUUGCCACUGAUACUUGGCAGCUGCACAAAUAUUAUCGCUCAAUCCAAAAAUGGAUCAGGAAAAACAGCAACGUUCGCAUUGGCAAUGCUUUCCAAAGUUAAUCUGAACGUUCCAUUAGUACAAGCUUUGUGCAUUUGCCCAACCCGUGAAUUGGCAACACAAAAUGUCCAAGUGAUACAGAAAUUAGGCCAAUUCACACAAAUCAAAUGUUUUUUGGGAGUACCACAAUGCCCAAGAUAUGAUGAUAACGAUAAAUACCACCUGUAUGUUGGAACUCCAGGAAAAACAAUGGAUUUCCUUAAAAAAAGAAUUAUGAACGUUACGAGCGUAGUAAUGUUGGUUCUGGAUGAAGCAGACGAACUUAUAAACCAACAAAACAAUAUGGGACCACAAGUUCUCCAAAUUAGGAACUUUUUUAGAGGCCCUGUACAAAUAGUAUUAUUCUCAGCAACUUUCUCAGAUAGCGUACAUAAUUUCGCUACUAAAAUAGCCCCAAGAGCACACGUGAUUCAAGUUAAAAGAGAGCAACUUACCCUGGACUGUAUUGACCAGAGGUACAUGAUCUGUAACGACGAAGAAGAUAAGUUCAACAAACUCUCUGAAAUAUAUUCAAGUAUGAUUGUCGGACAGUCAGUAAUAUUUGUUAACUCAAGAGAAACAGCAUUUAAGCUUUCACAAAGAAUGCGAGACCAAGGCCAUGCAGUAUCUUUGUUGUGUGGAACGUUGGGACCAAGUUCAGGACCUAAUUCAAUGACACCUGAGAUCAGAGAUAGAAUUAUGAAGGAAUUCAAAGAUGGAGAGACAAAGGUCCUCAUCUGUACAGAUGUUCUGGCGAGAGGAAUUGAUGUCCCACAAGUCACCCUGGUUAUAAAUUAUGAACUCCCAAUGUCGUACUCAGGAACCAAGACGGCUGAAGCCAAAUCAAUGUGCAUGGAAACAUAUCUACACCGUAUCGGAAGAACUGGACGUUUUGGAGUCAAAGGAAUGUCAAUAAAUAUGAUCACAGUAAAUGAAAUGGCGCUUAUAGAGUCAAUUAAACAAUAUUACAAGUGUAACGUCGACCUUUUGGAGUGUGACCCAGAAGAAUUGGAAAAUAUGGUCAGAAAUUUCAGAGUAUAA